AUGUUAACAUCUAAUAAAAUUCAAAAUAAUAUAAAUCACAUAGAAGGAGAAGAAGGAGUUGAAUGGAGGCAAUUAGAAAACAAACACAUGUACUCCUCAUCUCCCUUAAUAUCAAGAAGAAUAUCACCUGAAGGGAAUACUUUAUUAUCAUCAAUAAAUCCAUUGCCACUGUCAUCACCUCUAGCCUCACCAUUACCAUCGUCAUCAUCCAAAUCGGCUGCUAUAACUAAACAGGAAUCCUUCAAUCAUCAGAAGUUGUAUUACAACAAACCAAAACAAUUAAAUUUAAACACAUCACUGCUAAAUUUAGGCUGGACACAAAGUCCAAGUUGUACAAAUUCUUAUAGUAGAGAAUUUUUCUGUUUAUUCGAUUGUGCCAGCAGUAUAAAUGAUGAAGAAAAGACAGAAGUAUUAUUAAAUUCUGAAGAAAAGUUGAACAGUCCAAAGCGUAUCACGAAUAUCCCUACUAACAACUCAGUUACCGGAGAUAUCUCUAAUGCUUAUAAUCUCUUCUCACGUUUAAUUAAUCAUGCUAUCAAUGGCCAACUACGUGUAUGCCGUUUUCGUAGUAUUUGUUGGCGUAUAUUUCUUGGUAUUCUACCAAGUGAUGUUAACAAUUGGUCAAAACAAUUAAAAACAGAUCGUGAAUAUUUUGCUAAAUUGAGUUAUCAAAUUAAUCCUGAUCCACAUAAUACUACUACUAAUAAUAAUAAUUCUAAUGAAAAUCAUUUCAAUAAUGAUCAUCCAUUAUCUUCGAAUACAACAAGUUUAUGGAAUAAAUAUUUUCAUGGUUUACAAAUUAAACGAUGUAUAGCUAAAGAUGUGGAUAGAACAUUUCCAAAUGUACAAUAUUUUCGUAGUCAAAAAAUUCGUGAUAUUAUGAUUAACUUGUUAUAUAUUUAUACAGAACAUCAAAAUAUAUCUUAUGAACAAGGUAUGCAUGAGAUACUGGCACCAUUAUUAUUUGUUUUACACUGUGAUCUUAUAGCAUUUGAACAUGUACAAGAAAUGAAGCUUAUUUCAUCAGAUUUAUGGAAUACACUAAAUUAUGUAUUGAAUAGAGAAUAUUUUCAAGCUGAUGUUUAUACAAUAUUUGCUAAAGUAAUGAAUUCAAUUAAACAUUGGUAUCCUCAAUCAAAAGUGAUCAAUAAGUCAAUCAAUCUUAAUAACCAUGGCGGUAGUAAUAAUAUUAAUAAUAAUGCUAGUAAUAACAAAGAGAAGGGAAUUAGAAGACUUACCUCGGUAGAACUGCCAAACGGAAUACAAGAAAACAAUAUAAACCAAUCAUCAAAAGAGAGGAGAAGAGUUUCUCAUAAUAAUAACAGUGGUAACAUUAAUGCUGAUAAGUCAAAUUAUUUUCAACUUUAUUACGAUCACAAUGAACUAGAAGAUAAAACUACCGAUGACGUCGAAACAAACCGAAGACGAUCGAAUACAGAUGAAUAUUAUAACUAUCAUCAUCAUCAACAACAACAACACUAUCAAGAAGGAGAACAUCAGAAGUCAGGAUUCUACUUUGAUGAAAAAGAACACGCGAAACACAAUUGUUCAGGUUAUUGUUAUGUUGAAGAGAUACAUAAGCAAUUAGUAUUAAAACAUCAUCCAAAAUUAUAUAAAUAUUUAAAACAUUUAGAUAUUGAACCAAAGUUGUUUGGUCUACGAUGGAUACGUUUGUUAUUUGGGCAUGAAUUCCCAUUACAAGAUUUAUUAUACAUAUGGGAUUGUAUAUUUGCUAUUAAUGAUAAUUUGGCCUUUGUACCAUAUAUGUAUUUAAGUAUGCUGUUACGUUUAGCUCCCCUGCUAUUGAAAUAUGAAUUCGCCGAGUGCUUAACCUUACUCAUGAAUUAUCCAACUGGUAUAGAUGUUACCUAUUUAGUCUACUUCGCGUUACACUUAUAUAAGCCUCAAUUAUACUAUAAACCACCAAAUGCUUAUAACUAUUACACAGAUGACAGUAGUAAUCACAGCAAUGAUGAGAAUCAUCCGAAUAACAAUAUACCCAAGAAUAUUCCUCAUUCUAAUUGUAAUAUGAGCCAUAGAAAUAGUCAGUCCAGUAAUGAUGGUAAUAUAAAAAAUAUGAAUUACAGAGAUAGAUCAAGUAUUGGCCGUAAAACUAACAAUACGAAUAAUAUUUCUCACAACUAUAAGAAAUUUAAUUCCGUAUUAUCACUUCCAUGUAUACGUGAUAAAAUAAGACUGAAAAUACAAAAUUCCCCAAUGCUUAAUCGAUCGACCAGUUAUCGAGAGACAGAAAACACAAAUCAUACUACUAAUAAUACUAACAGUAGUAAUAAUGAUAAUAAUAUUAACAAUAACGGUACAACUGUUGGUACAAUACGACGUAGUAAAAGUUUUAAAGAUUAUGAACAAUCAUUAAUGCUUAGCAGAGGUGUAUCUAUCACAGACUUAUUAAGUCUACAAAAGUUAAGUAAACAUUUCACAGGGAAUAAUGAUAAUGUUCAACUUUUAAAUAACAAUACUACUACUAAUAAUAAUGAUGAUAAUAGUAGUAAUUCAUCAGUCAUUGAAAGUAAAUUUCAUCACAGGAAAGGUCGUACAAGUUGUAGUUCUGUAAGUCUUAAUCAUGAUCACUAUAAUACCAAUAGUAAUGAUGAUCACAUGAAUGCCUCACUCUUCAUCGAACCAAACGUCAAUCAUGAUGCCUCUAGUAAUUACACAGAUUUGCAUUUAUCCGUACCACAAUUAACUAACAACACAAAUUAUUCUAUGCAUUACAAUGGUUAUCAUCAUAAUGAUUCAAAGAAGAUAUCAAAUUUGACAACUAGUCUGAGUAAUUUAUUCACAAGUUAUGUAACAACAAAAUCAACUGCAAAUAUUCAUUUACAAGCAUCUGGAAUAAAAUAUCCUUCAUUAUCAUCCGUUUACAAUAGUACUGGAAUGAUCAAUAUGAAAAAUAUCAAUAAUAAUAAUCAUAAUGAUAAUGACAGUACAGAUUCAUCAUUUAUGGAUACAACAGUACAACCAAAUCCCCAGAAUCAUCUUCCUAGAAGUUUAAUGGAUUCCUCUUCAUCAUCUUUAAAUAUAGAAGAUAUUCAGGAUAAUAAAAAUGAAUUGAAUGAAGAAACUCAUUUACUUAUCGGGAAUUGUAUCAAAUCACUGAGUAUGUGUGCAACACACUUAGAUAUGUACUUCAAUAAUAGUUCAACAAUACAAGAUAAAAAUAACACCUAUAGAAGGACUAGUCUACAGGCUAGCUCAUUGUUUGAUUUCUCUUCAUCAGUAACAGAAACACUAGCGCCAACUACAACAGACUUUCAGCAUACCUGUCAACCGUAUACUUCAUAUCAACCUAGAAGAAAUUCAAGUCAUCCAGCCUAUUAUUCUACAAGAUCAUCUCUUCCAACAUCCCCGAUAUCACUCUACUCAAUGCAUUUAUAUGAUCAAGCUUUAUUCACAGAUUUUGAUCAUUUAAAAUAUAUUCAAAAUGAAAUUAAAACAACGCUAGAUAAUUUAAUAAAAUUUUUAUAUAAUCAUAUGGAUAUACCACAAGAACUGACAGAUGCUAAAUUGAUAGACACGGUAAAACAAGAGAAUAAUAUUGACUUGUCAAAUUUAUUAACAAAUCCAUUCAAUGAAGAGAUUAGUAUAACUUCACAGAAUGAUGAAUUACAACUGCCAAGAAUUUCAAGAACUGUCUCACUAUCAUUGUCAUCACCAGCGUCGACAUCGCCACCAGCAACUGCCACAUCACUAACUUCUCCAACACACUUUUGAAUUUGAAUAAAAUACAUGAACGGUUUAAAAUAUUUAUAUUUAUAUAUUUGUAGUUCAGUUUCCCAUUUUUAUUGGAAUACUGAGCAGUAAAACUAUAAAACAAUGUUAUUCUUCUAGUUUAUCUUAUUUUUUAUUAAGAUAUCACAUUCUGAAAAUUACAAACACACAAGAGAAAAAAAUGAAAGAAUUGUGUAAAUUAAUAAAACAGGAAGUCACUUGUUUUUUGAAAAAAAAUAUAUCAAACACAGAAAUGCAGAACUUUAAAUAUGUUCUAAAUUUGGUAACUACUGAAGUGGAUAAGUUUUCCUAAUAAGACAGCUGAUUGCCUUAAAUAUCAACAAACUAAAAUCUACCAAUCAGAAGAAGUGUAAGCUGCUUACAAAUGCGUAGGCGUAGCGCCAAGUAGCUUACUGUAGACAAAUUAAUUAUAAAUAUGAUUGGUAGAUUUCAGUUAGCUGACAUCAGGACUAAUCAGCUGAUUACGAUCUUUAUAUACGCCUUUCCUUUUGUCUUUUCUUGUUUUUAUUUUUGCAAACUGAUAUAACAUACAGGUUAUGUUACAUAAUAUUUAUUAAUUCUUCGAAUAAUUUUGUACAUGUUUGCAGACAUAGACAGAUGUGAGCAUAUCAUCCUGUUUAUUUACCCGUUUUUGUUGAGAUUUUUGUAAAUCAUAUUUUUAAUGAGAAUUCUCUAAUGUGCAUAAAAUAGACUACGACACAUUCCUUACUGAAAUUGUAUAUUUAUAAAAUUUUUUGACAGAUAUUUUUUCAUACACCUUUAAAGUGAACUUUUUUUCAUGAUACCAAAUGACACAUCACUUUUUUUCUUUCUAUGAGACUAUUCAAUAAGUUCUUGAAUUGUAUUUAUAAAAAUAAAUUAUCACUUUA